UGCUUGACAACCACCUCACUGUUGGGCACAUUUAUUUGUGUUGUUGUUCUGGGCAUCUUCAUCCAUCAUCGCAGCACACCUAUAGUUCGUGCCAACAAUUCAGAACUCAGUUUCCAACUCUUGCUGUCACUUAAGUUAUGUUUCUUGUGUUCAUUGCUCUUCAUUGGGCGACCCAGAUCAUGGACUUGCCAACUAAGACAUGCAGCAUUUGGCAUCAGCUUUGUGCUUUGUGUCUCAUGUAUCCUGGUGAAAACCAUGGUGGUUCUGGCUGUGUUCAGGGCUUCCAAACCAGGAGGUGAGUCCAUUCUCAAGUGGUUUGGUGCUGUGCAGCAGAGAGGGACAGUUCUGGUUCUGACUUCUGUUCAAGCAGCAAUCUGCACUGUCUGGCUUGUCUCUGCUUCACCAGUGCCUCAUAAAAACACCCAGUAUCACAGUGACAAGAUAGUUUAUGAGUGUGCAGUUGGCUCCACAGUUGGUUUUGCAGUUUUACUUGGUUAUAUUGGUUUACUGGCUGUCCUCAGUUGUUUGUUAGCUUUUCUAGCAAGGAAUCUUCCAGACAGUUUCAAUGAGGCCAAACUCAUCACUUUCAGCAUGUUGAUCUUCUGUGCAGUGUGGGUGGCCUUUGUCCCUGCUUACAUCAGCUCACCAGGCAAAUAUGCAGAUGCAGUGGAGGUAUUUGCUAUCCUGGCCUCCAGUUUUGGCCUCUUGGUGGCACUGUUCGGACCCAAAUGUUACAUCAUCCUGUUCAGACCAGAGAGAAACACAAAGAAAGCUAUCAUGGGUCGAGGCCCCACAAAGUAA